GGUUUCAGGCGCGGAUACCGGGCUACCCCCGCUACUCGGUGGUGGGCAACACGAGUGUGGGCGAAUUCCACCUGCGGAUAUCCAACGCCAGCCUUGACGAUGACGCCCAGUUCCAGUGCCAAGUGACGCCCUACAAACACCAUAAGGCCAUCCGCGCCGCCGCCAACCUCACUGUCCUCGCUCCUCCAACAUCGAUCACGAUGCUGAACCACGUGGACAACUCCAAGUUGGAGGUGAAGGAGAAGCAGGAGGUGUCUCUUGAGUGCAUCACCAGUGGCUCCAAACCGGCAACCGUCAUCGCCUGGUACCGCGGCAAGGACCAACUCAAGCUAGACAAGAAGGAGGAGAAGAUUGUGAGUGAUAAGAAGAGGCGCUCGGCGUGGAGUCGAAUCGUUUUAAGUCCGAGUGCAGAAGACGACGGCGUGACGUAUUCUUGCGAAGCGCAGCACGAGGCUUUGCCGCCCGACCAAAGACUUCGAGCCUCUGUUCAGCUAAGUGUUUUGUAUCCUCCGAGCGUGCCUUUCAUUGAGGGUUACAUGAAAGGAGAGUCCGUCCUCCGGGGUCAAACGGUGGAACUUACUUGCCGAUCCAAGAGUGGCAACCCUCCGGCGCAACUCGUAUGGUACAAGAACGGAGAACAAGUCAGCAUGGAGUACAGGACAAACGGAAAGUCCUCCGAAAACACCUUCACUUUUACCGCUACAGAGGAGGACGACAAAGCCGUUUUCUUGUGUGAGGCCUCCAAUAUCAUGAGUCCAACUCCUCUCAGCUCUCAGGUCCAACUCAAUGUUUUCUAUGCGUCGCGAGAGGUGAAGAUCUCGGGGCGGUCGGAGGCGCUGGUCGGGGCCUCGGUGGGGUUGACGUGCCGGACGGGGGCGAGCAACCCGGCGACGAGCGUGGCGUGGACGGUGGCCGGGGAGGCGGUGCCGGCGGCGUGGACGCGGGCGACGAGCGAGGCCGGGCCCCGCGGCGGCUUCGUCUCCGUCUCCAACGUCACCGUCCCCCUCCGCUCCAACAAGACCCUCGUCGUCAUCUGCCACGCCCGCAACCACCAGCUCAACGAGCACCUCAUCGCCACACACUCCAUCGCCGUCCUCAGUGUACCUGAAAAACCUGUGAUAAGCGGCUAUGCGAGAGGGACUGAUUUGGCUGCAGGUUCUGUAUUACGAUUAUCAUGCACAGUUCUAGGAGGCAAUCCACUGCCGAUUGUGACAUGGUUCAAAAACGGUCAAAAAACCCAAUCAACAAUGAAAGUCCAGGACCAAACAACUGUAUCUGAGGUGGCUGUAUUAUUGAGUAAUUCCGACAAUCAGGCUGUCUACACGUGUGAAGCAAACAAUUCUGCCACUGAGAAACCGCUCUCCGAAUCGGUCCUCCUGAGCGUAUUUUUUCCUCCAAGCUACGUUCAGAUCAAGCAGGAGCCUGAGGUCUUACGGAUUGGGACGAAAGCAACACUGAUUUGUGAGUCGGGUGCGAGUAACCCCCCUGCUGAGCUAAGCUGGUGGCGGAACGAUGUACCAGUCGGCGAAGAGGUGGUCUUCGAUCGGGAAACAGAAAGAAUGCACGGAGGUGUUGCGGCCUCCAUACAUCUGCCCAUCACUAUAACCGCCGAUAGCGACGGAGUAACAUACACCUGCCAGGCCACUAAUUUGCCGUUGGAGAGAAGUAUCCAUCACUCACACACGCUCCAAGUUGUUUACAAGCCUGUUUUUAUUGAGAUGGAAAAUCAGCGGAAAGGGCUUGAAGGAGAGCCGUUUGCGGUUAUGCUCAAAGUGCGUGCCCAUCCUCCUGUUUUGACUUACACGUGGACGAAGAAUGGGUCACCCGUGAAUUCAUCAUUCAUCAAUGGUUCUACCAUAAGUUUCGAAAAGCUGGAUCGUCAAGAUGAGGGAAUCUAUACUUGCGAGGCUAUCAACAGUGAAGGAUCAGCUUUUUUCUCUUUUCACCUAGAAGUUCAAUAUCCUGCAACCAUCAUGUCUGUGUCGGAAAACAUUGAGGCAGGUCAUGGUGAAAACGUGAGUCUGGUCUGCGGUUUGGAAGGCAAUCCUUUGAAGACGGAUCACGUUGCUUGGAGGAGGAGAGGGCACCUCCUCAAAAGCGGAGCCACCAAAACGUUUGUCAACAGCACGUCGAUCCUCAUCAUUCAGAACAUCUCACGAGAGGACUACGGGGAAUACGAAUGUAUCGUCGACAAUGGCCUCGGAAAGCUUGUCCAGAAAGCUGUUCAUUUGUUCUUCAAGCAUAAACCGGAAAUAGAAUUGUCUCCUCAGUUGACGAAAGCUGCCAGUCAUAUUGGGAACACGGCUCAAUUGCUUUGUCAUGCCUCUGCUGCGCCAAAGCCAAAAUUCACUUGGAAUCGAGUAGGAUCACCUCUGGCUAUAAACACAACAGAAAAAUAUCAGGUUUUCUUCUAUCAGCUGGUGGGUACAAAAUACCUCUCGAAACUGCUGGUAACGAACGUGGAAGGAAGCGACUAUGGUAACUACAACUGCGUGGUGCGCAACGUCCUCGGCUACUCCUCAUCAGUGGUGAAGCUCACACAGCCGUCGAUCCCGGACGCUCCGCUCAACUUCCGCGUGGUCAACUUCACGCAGACCUCGGUCAUGCUCGCCUGGCUCCCGGGCUUCGACGGCGGCGACCCGGCCGACUUCCAGAUCCGCUUCCGACAAGCCCACUCCUCCAAUCUCAUGGACAGCUACCAUAAAGUCCCGUCCAACGUCUCGCAAACUAUAAUUUCAGGCCUCAGGACGGGGACAGAGUAUAUCUUCAGCAUACGGGCAAUCAACAAAUACGGGACUAGCAGAUUCUACUCUGAUACUAUCAAAGGGGUUACCUUGAGUCCAACAUCAGCUUUUUCACUGAGCGCGGGUAAAAUAAACGGCGAUCGGAGUCUCCUGUUUCUUGGGCUUGGAGUCGGGACAAUGCUCCUCCUCAUAAACGCAGUACUCCUUGGCUGUUGUCUCUAUAAGCGAUCAGAGAAAUUCACUGGUGGGAAAGAAAAGCAAGUAUCUGGUAAAACAAAUUCAUUAGAAAUGUUCACAUCUCCGAGCCUUUUCACAGGAACAGGGACGACAGAAACACUGAGUAGUAUAUCGGAGAAAAGUGAAACUUUCACCGACCCAAAUCCCGAUAUCACCAAUGAAAAUAGGAAAAUCGCUGCCACAAUGUGUCACAGGUUCCAGAAUAGUUACGCAGGACACUACCCUUACUUGAAUUGGAAUUGUGAAUACAGUUUUGGCACUAUGAGGAGAGGUCAAAGGAGUCCAAAUCGUGAUACGAUGCCCGUUGAAUCUCCAUACUGCCAUUCUUUGAGUCGCACCAAACUGGUGCAUGACUCGCUGCACCGUUAUCCGGGCGUAGGCUCGCAUGAAGUUUUCGACCAUGAGCAAACUUUGCUGCCUCUCCACUACUUUGUGCCUCCAGGGCCACUGCCGCCCCCACCUCCUGAUGUUACCGUCCUAAGCAACCACAAUAACCCUCAACCCCCCCUCUCAUCUUUUAGUUUCAACAACCUUAACGUUGAAAGGCAUUUUAUGUGAGUUGCAUGACAACAAUAUCUCAAUCGUGAUCUCAUCUAUGACCAGAGACGGAUCCAGCAAUUUGGCAAAACUGGAUUCCCUUCAUUUGAACCUAUGCUAAAUAAUCGAUUCCUGUCGGAGCAC